AUGGCUGCAGAAGAGGUAUUGCAGACAGUGGAUCACUAUAAGACUGAGAUCGAAAGGCUGACUAAGGAGCUCACCGAAACAACCCACGAAAAGAUCCAGGCAGCUGAAUAUGGGCUGGUGGUGCUGGAGGAAAAACUCACCCUGAAGCAGCAAUAUGAUGAGCUGGAGGCUGACUAUGAUUGCCUUAAACAGGAGCUGGAGCAGCUGAGAGAGGCAUUUGGACAAUCAUUCUCAAUCCACCGCAAAGUGGCUGAAGAUGGUGAAACACGUGAAGAGACUCUCCUGCAGGAGUCUGCAUCAAAGGAAGCUUAUUACCUAGGGAAGAUCUUGGAGAUGCAAAAUGAGUUGAAACAGAGCAGGGCAGCGGUCACCAAGGUUCAAGCAGAGAAUGAGAGGCUCACUGCUAUCGUCCACGACCUGAAAGAGAAUAACGAAAUGGCAGAGCUGCAGAGAAUACGGAUGAAAGACGAAAUUCGAGAAUACAAAUUCCGAGAGGCAAGACUUCUUCAGGAUUACACAGAGCUUGAAGAAGAAAAUAUCACUUUGCAAAAACUGGUGUCCACACUGAAACAGAACCAAGUUGAAUAUGAAGGUUUAAAGCAUGAGAUUAAACGAUUUGAGGAGGAGACAGUAUUGCUUAAUAGCCAGCUAGAAGAUGCCAUCCGAUUGAAGGAGAUCGCCGAACAUCAGCUGGAGGAAGCCCUGGAGACUUUAAAAAAUGAAAGGGAGCAAAAGAACAAUCUGAGGAAGGAACUCUCCCAGUAUAUCAACCUCAAUGAUAGUAUGUACAGUAAUCACAUUAAUAUAUCGGUAGAUGGAUUAAAGUUUGCAGAGGAUGGGAGCGAACCUAAUAAUGAUGACAAAAUGAAUGGGCACAUCCAUGGGCCUCUUGUGAAACUGAAUGGAGAUUACCGGACUCCUGCAGUUAGGAAAGGAGAAUCUCUGCACCCAGUCUCUGAUCUCUUCAGUGAGCUCAACAUAUCAGAAAUGCAGAAAUUGAAGCAGCAACUUGUGCAGGUGGAGAGAGAAAAAGCUAUUCUCCUGGCCAACCUUCAGGAAUCCCAGACGCAGCUAGAACACACAAAGGGAGCCCUGACUGAGCAACACGAGCGGGUCCAUAGGCUCACAGAGCACGUCAACGCCAUGAGGGGGCUGCAGAGCAACAAGGAGCUGAAAGUAGAGCUGGACUGUGAGAAGGGCCGAGACUCCGGCGAGGAAACGCAUGACUAUGAAGUAGACAUCAAUGGCCUGGAGAUCCUAGAGUGUAAAUACAAAGUGGCCGUGACAGAAGUGAUCGACCUUAAAGCUGAGAUAAAGGCCUUAAAGGAGAAAUACAAUAAAUGUGUGGAAAACUACACAGAAGAAAAGGCGAAGUAUGAGAGCAGGAUCCAGAGGUAUGAUGAGCAGGUGACGAACCUGGAAAAAUCAACUAAGGAAAGUUACGAGAAAAUGGUUCACAUAGAAAAAGAUUUGCAAAGGAUGACGAGCGUAGCGAAUGAAAACCAUAAUACCCUCAACACAGCCCAGGAUGAGCUGGUGACAUUUAGUGAGGAGCUGGCUCAGCUCUAUCACCAUGUAUGUUUGUGUAAUAAUGAAACUCCCAAUAGGGUCAUGUUGGACUAUUACAGGCAAAGUAGAGUCACUCGUAGUGGGAGCCUGAAGGGACCUGAUGACCCUAGGGGGCUCCUGUCUCCACGGCUCACCAGAAGAGGAACGGCAUCCCCGGUAGAAGCCAGGACCCCAACUGAGCAUGUUUCAAAAGAGAGCAUAGAGGCUGGCAAAGAACAAAGUCCAACCAAGACACCUACGAUUUCUCCUGUCAUCACGGCCCCUCCUUCCUCUCCCGUCUCUGACACCAGUGACAUACGCAAAGAGCCAAUGAAUAUCUACAACCUAAAUGCAAUAAUACGGGACCAAAUCAAGCACCUGCAGAAGGCUGUAGAUCGGUCACUGCAGCUGUCACGCCAGCGUGCGGCAGCACGUGAACUAGUGCCCAUGAUUGAUAAGGACAAGGAGGCCUUAAUGGAAGAGAUACUGAAACUGAAGUCCCUGCUGAGUACAAAACGGGAGCAGAUAGCAACCCUGAGGGCAGUGUUGAAAGCCAACAAACAGACAGCUGAAGUGGCACUGGCCAAUCUGAAGAAUAAAUAUGAGAAUGAAAAAUCAAUGGUGACUGAAACCAUGACCAAACUGCGAAAUGAAUUAAAGGCUUUGAAAGAAGAUGCAGCAACCUUCUCAUCCUUGAGAGCAAUGUUUGCAACCAGGUGUGAUGAGUACGUCACACAGUUGGACGAGAUGCAAAGGCAGUUGGCAGCUGCAGAGGAUGAGAAGAAGACCUUAAACUCUCUAUUGCGGAUGGCUAUCCAGCAAAAACUUGCCCUCACCCAGCGACUGGAGGAUUUAGAGUUCGAUCAUGAGCAGUCCCGACGCAGCAAAGGCAAGCUUGGAAAGAGCAAGGACAGCCGCUCUAAAGUAAGUGAGGAAGCAUCAGCCACCGUGCCAACCAUAGACACUUUCCUCCUGCAUAGUCAGGGCCCACAGCAACCAAACUUACUGGUCAGCAGUGGCACUCAGAGGAAAAGACUAUUCUCACCUUCCCCUUGUGAUCAGAGCCAUCCCAGGACUUCAGGGACCUACCUACAGAAUAUAUUAAGAGCCCCCCUUGAUCCCACCUCCACAGAAUCAUUUCUUCUGAGGGGCCCCCCUUCCAUGAGUGAACUCAUCCAUGAGUACCGUCUCAGCAAGGAAAAAAGGUUAACCGUGGCCAUACCAGAUUAUCAGCAGCCUGCUGCCUCCAUACCACUACGCGGCUCACAACUAGCCAGGGGGCCAGACUGCCAGACUGUCAGUCCUAAUGAAGCCCUUCCAGAAGAGCAGCCACAUUCCAGCUCUCAAUGUGCCCCGCUCAACUGUCUCUCCAAGCCUCCUCCUUAUCCCUAA